GGCACUGUUUAUCUUCUUCGCGCAUCCCACAUCGUAACGAAUGGAACAUAUGACAACCACAGACGACGUUGCCCAGCGUGUAUACAGGGAGGAUUUACACCGGCAGAGCCGUGAUAUUGAGAGGUCAUACAUUGUCCAUUGUAAAGGAGAUAAACCAAUAUGUCUGGAGAGCUGCCUCUAAACAUAAACAUCAAGGAGCCGAGAUGGGACCAGGGCACGUUCAUGGGCCGCGCCCAGCACUUCUUCAUGGUCACAGAUCCCAGGAACGUCCUGCUCUCGUCUGAGACCCUGGAAGAUGCCAGGGUCACUGUGGAGAACUACAGAGCUGGGAUCGUGAAGCCGGGCCUGACGGAGGACUCUCUCUGGAAGGCCAAGUAUGUCUACGACUCUGCCUUCCACCCUGACACCGGGGAGAAGAUGGUUGUGAUUGGCCGGAUGUCGGCUCAGGUGCCAAUGAACAUGUCCAUCACAGGAUCCAUGCUCACUUUCUACAGGACUACGCCAGCGGUGGUGUUCUGGCAGUGGGUCAACCAGUCCUUCAACGCAGUGGUCAACUACACCAACCGCAGUGGAGACGCCCCCCUGACCGUGAAUCAGCUGGGCACCGCCUACGUCUGCGCCACGACGGGAGCCGUGGUCACCGCCCUGGGCUUCAAGUCUCUGGCCGCGCGCCUGCCGCCCAUCAUGAGCCGCUUCGUUCCCUUCGUCGCCGUCGCCGCCGCCAACUGCAUCAACAUCCCUUUCAUGAGGCAGAGGGAACUGAAGUACGGCAUCCCGGUGACCGACGAGAACGAUAACCGGCUGGGGGAGUCCCCUCGCGCCGCCAAGCAGGCCAUCCUCCAGGUCAUCGUGUCCCGUAUCGGCAUGGCGGUGCCGGCCAUGGCUAUUCCCCCCGUCAUAAUGAAUGCGCUUGAGAAGAAGGCUUUCCUGAGGCGUUACCCAUUGCUCAACGCGCCGAUCCAGGUGGGGCUGGUGGGUUUCUGCUUGGUGUUUGCCACUCCACUGUGCUGCGCCCUGUUCCCCCAGAAGAGCUCCAUGAGUGUGAGCAGUCUGGAGCCGGAACUGCAAGAGAGGAUACGAGAAAUCAGCCCCCAGACCACCACUGUGUACUUCAACAAGGGCUUGUAGGACCACAGACACAAACACACUCACGCAAACAAACAAACACGCACGCAAACACAUACACAAGCGAGCGAGUACGCACGCACACAUCCAUAUUGGCUGAGCCUACUACUAUCCAACACUCUGAGGGAACAAUUCAAAAGGCAGGGGGAACUCUGUUCAUGCUUAUUGUUCCGCUUCAGUCUCCCAUGUUAUGUGCUUGUAUUGUUUGUUAUUAUAUUUUGUAUGGGUGCUCCAAAGUGCAAAGGGUCGCAGUAGAGAUAGCGGUUGAGUUUUGAAGAGGAGUGCUGGGUUUUCACCGUUAGUGAAAACGGAUGGAUGACCAGGAAGACCUUGAGACACGUCACUUCCCUUGGCACUUGAUACGCUCAAGGCUGACCGACACUCCUAUUUGGUUUUGUUAUGUGCUGUGCUAUCAUGUGCUAUCUCCUCUCUAGGGUCAGGUUAGUAAUGUUUAAUGUCUCCACGCCCCUUAUGUUUUUAGUAAAUGCUUUUUGAUUUUGUGAUUUGAGUGAACCAUAGUAAGUCCAAUUCAGAGUUGUAGUUUCUUACUGGCUUCAGUUUAUUACCUUCUAUAACUUUGCAACCCUUUGCCAUUUAUCAAUGCUUUAUUUAGCUUUCCAAUCAUAUAUUUUUGCACUGGCUUGACUCUUAUUCACCAUUUUUAUCACAAUUGGGGGAAAAAGAUAAAUACACAUUUCAUGAGCACAAAAUGGACCACGCCUAGUAACCCCAGCAACUUAUGACUCCUCUGAAGUGUACUUACUCCUUCGCCAUUUUACUCCAUUAUGCAGGUGCUAGGCGCAUAUUAAACUUCAAUAUUAUAGUAGCCCCAUACGUUGGAGCAAGAUGUCAGCGUUAAUGUUUAUGUACUGUAGCCACGACGAUGCCAAACUCUCCGGCACACUUCAAGGCCUUUGGUUGAUAUGAGGUUCACUGAAUUGUGCGACAAUAGGGACGAGCUACUUGAUUGUUGUUGAUGACUGUAACCGAUUGGGAAGAAUGUACAGUGUACCAUCUGAAUGCUAAAGCUGUAGCUCACCCCACAGAUAUCACAAGGCAACCUUUGAGUAAAACACUAUAUGCAGAUUAGAACUGAAGGCAGAAAUGCCCCUUCAACCCGAUGCACCAUGAGUUGCAUAUUUGUCCCCCAGAUGGCAGCAGAGUACACAUGUAUCAGAAAUCAGUACAAUCAGCUGCUACAAGAGUGUGAGUGUGAGUGUGAGUGUGAGUGUGUGUGUGUGUGUGUGUGUGUGUGUGUGUGUGUGUGUGUGUGUGUGUGUGUGUGUGUGUGUGUGUGUGUGUGUGUGUGUGUGUGUGUGUGUGUGUGUGUGUGUGUGUGUGUGUGUGUGUGUGUGUGUGUGUGCGCGUGCGUGCAACAGAACAAUGAGUGAGGUGUAAUUGCUUCUGCUGUAACUCAAAUGUAAAUUGAGUUACUUUUGUUAGCGUUACCUUGCGUUGAUAAGUAAACAUGGUCACAGUGGUAACAUUUAUUCUGAUACUAUAGUGAUAGAUUAGUUGAUGUAUCGUGACCCUCUAACCUCUAUGUAUGCACACCUGUCACUUGAAAUCUAUGGAUGUUUGUGUAUGUUUUUGAGUUUGAGUAGAUGGUAGGGCGUACUACCUAACCGGACUGAAGUUGCUAUCAAACAGGGUCAUCUACCUGUCUUGUUAAUUCUCCCAUCUGUACGUUUUAAUUGCUCGUGACAAACAUCUUAUAAAUACAUGAAGUUCAGGACAGUGUUAAAGGAGAACAACACUUGAUAAUUCAACCAUUCAACUACAUGCAAUAUGUUAGAUUUCCCUUUAUUCAUUUGUGUGUGUGUGUGUUAUGCUAUGGCGUUGCUGAUUUUGCUUAUGCUUUGGGUUAAACUGCACUAUAACCUUUGCUGUGCUGCUGUAUAAGCUUUUAGGUGGCUUUUGAGAGGGGUUAUAUUGUUGACUGCUUUAUGAAAUAUGUAUUGGAAAUUGUAUUGUAUGAUACUGUGCUUGACAAUGUUAAACAGGAUAUACGCUAACUAAUACCAGCGCUCACAAGCAAUAUGUUGAGGAACGAGUAACUUUUUAUUACUUUCCCCCUCGGUGCAAAUGAGUGCACAGUAUUUUCUGAGAUUGUACAUUUUCCUAGAUGUCCGAUGGACAUAAUGUAUAAUGAAAUAUUACGGACAAACUGGUUGCAGUCAAGUUGAAAUACUUCCGGCCGUUCAGGAGGAUACCAUGGUAACCCAUUGCACCCACUACCAAAGAUGAGACCAGUAUGAAUUGGUAACAGAGUUGAGGAAUUUCAGAUGGAGACUUUGUUUUAGCGUGAGCUUAUCAUAACGGACCUUCUCUCAUGUAAAGGCAUGUCUUAUGUUCACUAGAAUGGGGUUGCCCAGUAACUAUUUUGAUACUAAAUAGUUUGUUCCGAAGUCAUAUUUGAAAAAUUACCAACCACAAUGAUAAUCCUCAGGAAAAGAUAUGGAAGGAACUAAAUCUAUUUUAAGUCUGAUGAAAUUAAUUUAGAGUUUAAACAAUAUCACUGAAAGUUUCCAGUCACUGCACAAGUUAUCCAGCAUUGCACAGAAUGAUUUUUCAUGCAUAGAUAUUUGUUGUACACUCCACAAAUGUUUGUUUUCAUGGCGUAAUAUGUACAAAAACUCCUGUUAGUUACGUUCUUCAGUCAGUAUUAGUACAGUACUUGUUUCUUCCUCCAGACUUUGUACUGUCUGUGGAUGUUUCCUUCCUUGAUGUGUAUUUACCAAGAGCAACAGAAUAAAAUAUUUAACUGGAAGUUCUAA